AAUGACGUAGCGCGGCGGGAAUAUUCCAGACGUCCCGGGGCCGGGAGUCGCCGGCGCUCGAGCUGCUGCUGCUGCCGAGCUGGUGCAAUUGAAUUAUGAAUUAGCCUUGCUGAAGUGACUUGGUGUUUGGAAAAGGAAAGAAAAUGCCUUGCCGUGAAUUUAUUGUGCUCUACACAAGUCAGAAAAUACAAAAAGCAAAAAAAUGGCAUGAUGGUGUUUUAAAGACAAGUUCUUCUGGAAAUAAGGCUACUUUGUAUGAUGAUAAAGGACUUUGUCUGGAUCACAUCUAUGUCAGAUUUGGAGAGAUAAAAUCGGGCAAGGAAUUUGAAAGUGAUCGAUAUUUAAUUACAGUGGAAGAAGAAAAAAUGUUCCAAGAAAGGGACACUAAUUGUAUCGGUGAAGAAGAAGCCACAAAACCUGUUACAACUAAUGUAAAUCUCUCAAACCCAGUUCGACGUUACUUGCCUGUGGGUCUUAAACGGAAGUACACUGGCUUUCAAGGACCUCGGGAGGUGUCAAAGAAGCUGACAACAGAGCAGAAUAAUGCAUCUUUCGCAAUGGCUAAAUCCCAGAAGCCAAGCUCAUCACUCCCUCAGCUUAAUGCUACAUCACUCCUUUUUUCUACUAUGUGCGCAAAGAAUGCCUUAAGUUGCUCUGCACUUCUGCAAGAUUCUUCAGAAACAACUAAUAGAGAUUCAACAAGUGAAGCUAUGUUAAGCUCUAAAUUACCCUCUACAGUUUCACUGAGUCAAUACUGUACAUCGAGGGACAGUGAUGAAAUGAAUAUGGUUUAUUCUGCUGGAUUUGCUGCAAUGGCUUCCAAUCUAGAGGGCACUUCCUAUAGUAAUAGAGUACAUGAAAAUAAGAGGAGCAAAGCUCAAAUUUUAGCACUGCUUGAUGGAAAAACAGAGUCAUGCUGCAAUAUGUCAGAAAAUCACCCACAGGAGCCAUCGGUUGGUCCUGACAUUGCUUGUGCAGUAGAUAUACGUGUCCAUCAUGCUGGUUACUCUCCUGGUAAAAUGUCAGAUCCUAGAUUGGCACAACAUUGUGAUAUAGAUUUGCCAACGAACUGUGAUGUAAGUGGAAAUUUAUCUGAAGGUUUAGGAAUAGGAAGUUCCUUGAAUAUUCAAGAAAUCCAACAGAAAUGUGAGAAGAAGGAAGAACCAAUUACUCCAAAUACAAGAGAGCAAACUGAGGAGAAUUAUACAAAUGCUGGAGAGGCAUUGGACAAUAAUGUUUGCGGGGCAAAAGAAUGCUAUAUCAAAUUGGAUAAUCCAUCCGAGUUGCUUUCAACUACUCACAGUGACUAUUCUGAGAAACCAAUUGCACAAGUAGAAUUGAGCACCUCGAGCACUAAUAAUUUUGUUGAUAUAAACUUUGAUCUACUAGGUGAAUUUAUCUCAGAGGAAAAUGGAACAACUAAUUUGUAUGAAAAUGAAAUAUUGUCACAAAGAUCAUUGAACACAUGUAGUGCUCCUGCUAAACCCAUUCCAGCACUUCCCAUACCUAAAUGUAUGGAAGUCCAUCAAACCGACCACGUGGAAUUGAAAGCUUUGUUGCCUGUUUCUGAAGAGGAGGACUUGGAUCCAAUUUUGCAAGGAAAUAAUCAAACUGAAAUUAAAUCCAUAAAUCACCCGAACACCGCAUCUUUAUUGGAAAAACAUUCCCAGUGUCCUCGGAAGUAUCCUAUACAUGAACCAAAAGAGCUAAGAUCUAAAGCUGAUGACUACUCUCUCAUUCAUGCUCCAAAAUACACAAUUUCACUGUUAAAAUCUUUAUCGGAACAUAGCAAUGCAAUCGAAAGUUUAGAAAAGCUUAAUGUACAGAAACCCUUUGAAGACUGUGCAAUGAAUGGGGUUCUGGAACAAGCAUUUAAUAGGUCAGAAGAAAUUACAGGAGGAAUAAUUUCCAAGAAUGAGGAUUUGAAGCAAUGUUGUAUUUUCAGCCAGAAUCCCAACUACAGCCCUGCAGAUUGUAACAAAGACAGAGUUUCAACGGAACAUUCUUUAUGUACUCCAAGGAAUUCGCCCACAGAGUUCAGCUGUUUGGCUGAGGAUACAAAAUUUGCUGAAGUAUUUGAAGAACAUGCCAAUAACAACCGGGUUGAAAGAAUAACAACAUCUGACAUACCACUCAGAACAUUACAGGCAGCUGAAUUUAAAGGGUACCAGGUGAAGGGCUCAGCCACCAGUGAUACAAUAAUCAGGGCUCCUCGAGAUGAAAUAGGAUUUGAAAAAGACUUUGAUGCUUUGCAUCACAUUCGAAGGAGUUUGAUAACAGAAGCCAGUUUCGUAUCAAAUGCUGCUUUGUUUCAGAUUACAGAUUUACCGAUUGAUGCACCAAGUCUCCACGAUGAGAGCAAUUUUAAUGUUGCUAGAGAGGGCAUACGCACCUGGUACGAAGACGAUCAAGUACCAGUGGAGCCUAUUUUAUCAUCAGACAUCCCUGAUCAGUUCAAUUCCUCUGGUUCAUAUUCUGAUUUUGAAUUGACACCGUGGAACAUGCACAAGGAAAUAUCCCCAGUGCAACAAGUGCCUUCAGUGGAUGCAUUUUUGGGCAGUAUGCUCAGACAUUCCAGGGACAGCAAUGUGGGAGAACUUGAUUAUUCAGUGCCAAACAACCAACUAAGUACUAGUGGCUAUCUCUUUGAUAAUGAAAGAACAGAUAGUUUUGUGAAGGAUGGAGAGUCGAAAAUCCAAUCAACUUUAAGACUAAGAAGUCCUCUUGUUACUUUACCAGCAACAGACAAAUGCAUCAACCAGACUCUUCCUUCAAAUUUCCCUGCAAACUUUUCAAGUAUAAUUGAACCGCGUGCUCAGUGCUCCACGAUUUACUCAGUGAAUAGUCAACAAGGAGAUUUAUGUGACUCUUCAGAAAAGAGACUCUGGUCUAAAUACAUGAUCAAUAGCUAUGAUAUGUCUGAGAACACUGAUACUUGCAUUACAGAAUAUCCAAAACCAAUGAACCAUCAUUCUACUUUACAGAAUGGGUCUAGCAAAUGGAUGAAAUAUCAAAAUUCAGCCAAUCUGAAUGAUGAUGAUCACGGUGAAGAAAAUCAUAUGUUUGAGAAAGGAAGUGAAGAAGUACUUAUGAUGCAAGAAAAUGUAAAAGACCCUCUUUCUGUUCAGCUGAUAAAAGACAAACUGGUCAAACAUCAUGAAAAUAUAUUGUCAAUAAAUGAAACCUAUCCUGCACCAAAUAUUAGUUCCAUGCAUAAAGGGUACAGUGUACCAAGCAAAACAAAUCAUGUUCUUAACUGGAAAAAUUCUAAUAAUACUUCACUGUCAGAGUUGUGUUUCCCCAAAGCUGAUGCAGCACAAGGAGCAAAGACUCUUAAGAGACAAGUAACCAUCCCAACUACAUUCCCUAGUACUGCACAUUACAAAGAAGCCUUCACAGCAGUAAUAACAGAAUAUCUCAAUGUUUUGCUCUAUGAACUGUCUCAGAAACUUCACAAAACUUUGUCAAAAGUUGACAUGUCUCGAUAUUCUUCAGAAAAAGCAAACAAUAGUAAAAAUGAGCAACAUUUUCUCCCACUUUGUCAACAUCAACAGCCUGCAAAGCUUGUCAUGGUUAAAAAGGAUGGUCGAAAUAAGGGUCGUUUUUUCUAUACCUGUGAUGCCUCAAAAAAAGAUCAAUGUAAAUUUUUCAAGUGGUUAGAUCAUCUGCAGCCGAUUGAAUUGAAUCAGAAAAUGGAGCAUCAGGCUAAGUUACAACUGGCUGAUGCCAUGAGUUUGAGUGCCUUUUUUAGAAGCCAGCAUGUUCCUCUGUACUGUGAAUGUCAACUUCGCAUAAGGAAAACAUCUGGAUAUCGAAGAAAAAGAUUUUAUCGUGGCAAGUGGAAUGAAUUGAUAAAUGAUGCAAGUUUAGAAAACUGCUGUAAACCUAAAUUGUAUCUCUGGUUGAGCAGGAAAGAGAACUCGUCAGCCUACAAUAAAGAUGAUCUCUGGGUUAUUUCAAAAACCUUGAAAUUUGAUCCGAUUGACACUUUCAUUGCAUACAGUGUUUUCUAUGGGCCAUCAUCAACCAGUGAAAUAGAACUUCUGCCGGUGAAAGGCUAUUCUCCUUCAAACUGGCCUUCAGACAUGAUUGUUCAUGCCUUAUUUGUUGGUAAUGUUACCACUGAGCUAACUUGUCUGAGAAAUCUGCAGGAACAUGUUAACCCAGCAUCCCUUCCUCUGAUGCCAUACUUGCUCAAAAUGCCUGAAGAUGAAGAAGAACAGAUAAUCAGGUCUGCAAGACAGAAGUUUGUUUCUCCUGCUGUGACAAAGCAAGCUGGGAUGACUGGAUUGUUGUGUAAAGAAAGGACAAUGCAAUUGACAAUGGAAAUGAUACAAGCAUUUCACUUGAAUACAGAUCAGGGAGCUGCAUUCAAACAAGUAGCUACAAUGAUAGCAAAAGGAGAACAUUCCCAGGAUCUCAUUCUGCCAGUCACUGUCAUACAUGGUGUCUAUGGAGCUGGGAAGAGUUACCUGUUGGCUGUUAUGAUUUUAUUUCUUGUUCAACUUUUCGAAGAAAGCGAAGCAAGUGAAGGUCCCAGACAGGUUGAAUGGAAACUUCUUGUCUCUGCCUCUACUAAUGUUGCAGUGGACAGAGUCCUGCUUGGGCUUCUGGAACUAGGAUUUGAUAAAUUUAUCAGAGUUGGAAGCAUUCGGAAGAUUGCCAAACCCAUCUUGCCAUACAGUUUACAUGCAGGUAGCGACAGCGAGGAACUACGUGAAUUACAGGCACUCCUUAAAGAUGAUUUGACGUUAGUGGAAAAGGUGCAUGUGAGAAGAUGUAUUGAGCAACACAAACUGGGCAGAAACAGAGCUCUGCUCAAAGAGAUUAAAGUGGUGGGAGCUACUUGUGCUGCAUGUCCUUUUCAAUGCAUGAACAACCUGAGCUUUCCAUUAGUGUUACUGGACGAAUGCAGCCAAAUCACAGAACCAACUUCUCUACUUCCUAUUGCAAGGUUUGCAUGUGAAAAGUUGAUCCUUGUUGGAGAUCCUAAACAGUUGCCUCCUACCAUCCAAGGCUCUGACAGUGCUCAUGAUGCUGGCUUGGAGCAGACUCUCUUUGACAGAAUGUGCCUGAUGGGCCAUAAACCUGUUAUGCUUCGGACUCAGUACAGAUGCCAUCCUGCUAUAAGUGCUAUAACAAAUGAACUCUUCUAUGAUGGCAAUCUCAUAGAUGGUCUUUCUACUUUGAAUCUGAAUCCUUUAUUGGACUGGUUGCCGACUCUUUGCUUUUAUAAUGUUAAAGGACAAGAGCAGAUGGAGAUGCAAGGCAGCUACCAUAAUCUGGAGGAAGCAACAUUCACUACAAAACUCAUCCAGUCCCUGGUAGCCAGUGGAAUUAUGGGGUCAAUGAUUGGGGUGAUAACAUUAUACAAAUCUCAGAUGUUCAAGUUAUGUGGAUUACUUAACUAUGCAGCACAAUGUGACUUGGCUCAGAUCAAAGCUGUUCAGGUUUCAACAGUGGAUGCUUUCCAGGGAGCAGAGAAGGAGAUUAUUGUCUUGUCUUGUGUGAGAACUCAACAGGUUGGAUUUAUAGAUUCUGAGAAGAGAAUGAACGUUGCUCUGACCAGAGGAAAAAAACACUUGCUAAUAGUCGGCAAUCUGUCCUGUCUUCGAAACAAUAAACAGUGGGGGAAAGUUAUUCAUCACUGUGAAGGAAGAAAAAAUGGUUUGCAGCACGCACGACAAUGUGAACCAGAGCUGGAGAAGAUUUUGAAAUGUUACAAUGAGCAGAAGUUGAUAGAAAAAAAACAAAAGGGAAAAAGAAAAUUAACAUCCAGAAAUGAGUCUGUUCUGUCUGACGAGGACAACAAAACCAUUAAUACAACAGAAGGGACUGAGGGAAAUGCAACAUUUGAGGUAUAGGAAUGCAGAAAAUAUCCAGACAGAUGAACCACUGUUUGGUCUUAAAGGAACAUACAACUGGAUUUGGAGUGGCAAGAAGCAACAUCUCACAAUUGAUCAAAUAGAAUACUAUCCAAAGAGCACGAGAACAUGAUUUUUUGCCGUCUGGCCUAGAAACCAAACUUGAUCGAUGCCAAUUAUAUGAUGAGUUAUUGAAGAUUUUACCUGGUAAUUGUAAGAAUAGCAUUACGGUUCUAUUUUAUCGUUCAUUUUAAAGGUGCAUGUGGCCUUUAUGAUUAUAUUCUGUAUGAUUAUAAUUAAACCAAUUAGUUGCCAUUAAUGUAACAUAUAACUUCCCUUUCUACAUUACUUAAAAAGCUUCAUCAGCGUAAACCUUUCUCCACUGCUAUUCCUUGAUAUUGGUUUGGUGGAUUAUUUUAAUUUGUGAAGUUUCUCCUCUCUUUACAUUAUGCUGUUUGGUUCAUCUGGUAAGGCAAAGGAUGGUGUUACUUGGAAGCCAGUGGCUUCUGUUAGUUUUACUUUGGUUAAUUCUGCUUUAUUUGGAAACAGGAUGACAUUAUCCAUUUUAAUUUUAUGUAAGAUCGUCAGCCGGCAGAAUAAAAUAAUACAUUUGUCCAUUUCUUUGCGUCUGGAUUUGAAUUGUAGACUCAAAAGGAAAUGAACAAAGUGAGAAAAUACUUUGCGGCUUCAGUAUGUGUUUGCUUUUUGUUCUUAGUCAUUUAAGUUUUCAUUUACCAAUGAGAAUGGAAUGGUGUCUACCUGGUUGUAAUAAAUAGACAUGGCUGAUGGACUCUAGGAGAAAAAUCAGCACCAAAAUUGCAAGGUGGCUUGUAAAUACUCAUUUGUAUGCAGACGUAAUAUAUUUUAGAUAAACAGAAAACGGCAAAUUAACCUUUGAAUUUCAUGUUUCUCACACAUUUAAAUUAUUUGUUUAAAUAGCCAGAAAUCAAUGUUUAGAAUGUUUAAGUAUUUAAACUUGCUGUAAUAUGAAAUAUAAUACAUGUUUUAACUACAUUGAUAGAAAGGAAACAUACAUUGUAUAGACCUCAUUUACAUGAAUAAAAUUUGAUUUUCCUCUACUAAUUUCAAUUUUGUUUGUUUUAAUUAGUGGAAAAAUUGUAACAUUCCGUAUGUUGUAAAUAUGUAGCUUUUGAAGUAGAGGAAACCAGCUGAUGUGUAAGUUUAUUCAGAGCAAAGAUCAUUGACAUGAAAUAUUAACUCAGUAUCUCCUUCCAUAAAUACUAUCUGUCAUAAUGAUUACCCA